UCAACUUUGUUUGAGACUUGAAAAGUCACCAUAGGUUGACUGUAAAUAUUUGAAAUUACGAAAUACUUCAUAAGAUAAGCUAAAUUUAAAUACAUAUACUAGAAUUGGUAAGUUUAAUGCAUGUAGUGGGAUUUAAAUCCCUGAAGGUUGAUCGUUAUAUUUGAAUAAUUCCCCCAUGGGGCACCCCUCUCAGGUGUAAUGUGUUGGACUUUGGACCCUUACCUUUUAGUGCUGUGCUAAGUUAGUAAGUUUUGAUCAGUUGGCAUGCAGCUACAGCCAGUGUAUACAUAAUCUCGUGCAGAGGACAACAAUAACAAACUCACGUUCCUUUGAUGCAGUGAAAUUAAUUAACUGUGAUAGUACCAGAGAUCCCUUGCUGUCACUACUAUGGCUGAAGCCCACUCGGCCGUGGCCUUCACCUUCUCGGUCACUCAUGAGGGGGUCAACGUGGACGUCAACCAUGAGGCCCUCAAGGCCGUCUUCAAGAGUGGUCUACGGUCCAUCAAGAAGUCCAUGGGGAGGAUCAAGAACCAGAUGAAGAAUGGUGUGUACCCUGCAUCCCCCAUGAGCUGGCUGUUUGUGCUGACAUUCGUGCUGGCCUUCAUCCUGGCUGGAGUGGACCCUUCUUUUGGGGUGAUUGGCUGGAUCAAGACCCACUUCCCCUGGUUGAGUAGUGCCUCUCCAUUGGUGUCCUAUUAUGGGAGCUGCAUCGUGUUUGCUACACUGGUCUGGCUGGCCAAGGCCUUUAUCUGGAAGUACACCCUACGCCUGCUCCUCAACUAUCACAGCUGGAUGUACGAGAGUCGCGGACCGAUGUCACUCAAAACCAAACUCUGGCUGGUAACUGUUAAACUGAUGGGUGGUAGAAAACCCAUGUUGAUGAGUUACCAGUUCUCUCUGCCAAAGCUGUCUGUGCCAAGUAUUCAUGACACCAUGAACAGGUACCUGACCUCAGUCCAACCGUUAUUGGACGAGGAGAAAUAUUCCAGAAUGGAGAAGCUGGCUAGAGAGUUUGAGGAUGGCAUUGGCAAAAAACUGCAGCGUUACCUGGUGUUGAAGUCGUACUGGGCCACAAACUACGUGUCUGAUUGGUGGGAGGACUACGUCUACCUCAGUGGCCGGUCUCCCCUCAUGAUCAACAGCAACUUCUAUGCAGUGGAUGCUGUCUUCAUCAACCCCACCUCCAGACAGGCGUCACGAGCAGCCAACAUCAUAUACGCCAUGUUGUUGUACAGGCGGGAGCUGGAGAGGGAGGAACUCAACCCAAUUUUAUUGAACAAAACUGUACCACUGUGCUCAGCUCAAUAUGAACGUCAAUUCCAAACCACGCGUGUUCCUGGACUCGAGAAAGACAAGCUUGUACACUAUAAGGACAGCAAUCACAUUGCGGUGUACCACAAAGGCAGAUAUUUCAAGGUGUACAUCUACUUCAGAGGACAACUGUUGAAACCUGUGGAAAUUGAAAAGACAAUCCAGCAGAUCUUAGACGAUGACUCAGAGCCCGCCCCCGGGGAGGAGCAUCUGGCUGCCCUGACCGCUGGGGACAGAGUUCCCUGGUACCACGCCAGAGAGGAGUACUUCAGGAAGGGCAAGAACAAGGCUUCCCUGGACGCUGUAGAAAAGGCAGCCUUCUUUGUGGCCCUUGAUGAUGAACCCCAGAACUAUGACAAAAAUGAUCCUUCUAAACUCAGCCAGUUUGGAAAUGCCAUGCUUCAUGGGAAAGGAUAUGACCGAUGGUUUGAUAAAUCCUUCACACUUGUUGUCACAUCCAAUGGCAGAGUUGGCUUCAACGCGGAACACUCAUGGGCUGAUGCCCCUAUCAUGGCCCAUCUUUGGGAGUACAGCAUGUUCGAGGACUUUUUCGUACAAGGAUACACAAAGGAGGGAUUCUGCAAAGGGGAGAUAACUACUCCUCCACCCAACCCCAUCAGGCUGGAGUGGGAUCUACCUAAACCUUGUCUACAGGUGAUUGAGAACAGCCUGGAGGCGGCCAAGCAGCUGAUAGCGGACGUAGACCUGCAGCUACUGGUCCACAAUCAGUACGGCAAGGGCUUCAUGAAGGUCUGCCGCGUCAGUCCCGACGCCUACAUACAGCUGGCCCUACAGCUAGCCUACUACAGGAUGCACAAGAAGUUCUGCCUGACGUACGAAUCCUCCAUGACACGUCUGUUCAGAGAAGGUAGAACAGAGACAGUCCGGUCCUGUACCCCCGACUCGUGUGACUUUGUCAAGGCCAUGGACAAUCCAGAGAAAAAGAGAGAAGAGUGCAUUGGUCUGAUGAAGAAAGCUGCUGACGUCCAUCAAAUAAACUGCCGCAACGCUAUGACUGGGAAAGGCAUCGACCGCCAUCUUUUCUGUCUCUACGUGGUGUCCAAGUAUCUCGAGGUCGACUCACCAUUUUUAUCCGAAGUCCUUAGUGAGCCAUGGAGACUCUCAACCAGUCAGACUCCUCAUCAACAGACCAACAAGUUAGACUUGGCCAAGCACCCUGAGCACAUAUCAGCGGGGGGUGGGUUUGGACCAGUAGCGGAUGACGGUUACGGAGUGUCUUACAUCAUCGCUGGAGAGGACUGUGUGUUCUUCCAUAUCUCCUGUAAAAACUCCUGCCCAACCACUAGUUCAUCAAAGAUGGUAGAUUCCAUAGUCAAGGCAUUGGCAGACAUAAAGACCAUGUUUGAACAACAUUAAUGCCGGUGACGAUUAGUGAUACAGAACUGUGUGGAAUCUUUAUUUAUUUUGAUUUAUUUGAGGAUCCUUUUUCUUCAUCUAGACUGUGUUCAUCAAUAUACUAUGUCCGACCAUUAUUUUCCCGAAAAACAAAAAAGCCUAGCUACGAUCAGUAACUUGAUAUCAUGUAUUUGUUAUCUGUAUUUACCAGGAGAAGUACAUGUAUUUUGUACUCAGGAUUUGUACAAAUUUAUGAUACAGGGAAUUCAUAAAAUGACAUUUUACUUAUUUUUUUUUUCAAAAUGGCACUGGCAUUUUUUUUUCUUGGUACUAUUGAAGUCCAUGUUUUUAAAUGAGACAUGUUUUAAUUAUUUUAAUAAAUCAGAAAAAAGUAAAAAUGUGUAAAACGGUAAAAAAGGGAUGUAAAGAUAAAUUCAUCUGUAUGUACAUUAUAUUUUGCAUUUUGAAAACGGCAUUCAUAUGUUAAUGAUUUCAUCUAUAUACCGAUAAAAAUAUCACUUUUCAUAAUUCAGGUAUAACUGUAUGUUUACAUUUGUGGCCAUGCGUACUGUUGCCUAUGAUAUACAUUGUACUUUGUUUUAUGUUAUUUUAAUGUGUUAUAGACCACAGUGUAUGGAGGCAUUGCCAGGUAUUCUAAUGAGCUAUUGGAGCAGAAAAUGAUAUUCUUUAAAACCUAACAUGUUAGAAUGUUUUCUUCAGGAGUUUUUUUUUUUCUUUUUUGUGUUUUUUUUUUUUUUCAGUUCAUUCAAGUUCAGUAAUUUUUUUUUUCUUCAGUUCUCUUGAUUGAACUGAUUUUUCAUAGAAUAUUUUGUAGUUUUACUGAAGUCAGCACAAUCAAUGCAACUCUAAUAGUUUUAAUGGUCCAUUUGUCUUUAUUCACAAGCAAAAUGAACAAUGAUUGGUGUGGUCUUUGUUGAGUUUCAUGUAGAUAUUAAAUGUUGGAAUCAAGACUCUUAUUAGUUUUAAAAUAUGUAAUUCCAAAAUGAAAUUUUUUUUUAAAUAAACAUUUUUUAGUGCAUGCUUUUCCUCAAAAAUUUUUAAAUUAUAUUUUGUAUAUAUACUGUGAUGAUUUUAAACCCUCACAUACCGGUAUGUUUGUUUCACUUUCUGUUUUCCCUCAAUUCACACAACACUAAAAUGUUGUGUACAAUUUGUCCUUCGAUGGCAAAAGUUUGCAAUUAUCAAUGCAGAUUUUUUUUUUGUUUCAUUAUUAUUAGAUUAUUUUUUUGUUUUUAUUUUCUUUUGGUUAUGAAUGAUGAACAUGUGUACUUGGCUUCUCACAAGAACAGUGAUAGGUCAUGUUUACACAUGUAUAGACUUCGAAACUCUUUCCUGGUGACCCUCCGAAAGUUAAUACUAAACGUCUGUCUCUAUUAUAAAGUGCAAUGCCCCAAAGAAAUUUUGGAAAAAAAUAAAGCCAGUGAGAAUACUGUAAACAUAUCAUAUUUGACAUGUACAAUAUUUAGUGGAAAUUAAUUUUUCAACAAGUUGGUGUGGAUUUGAAUGAGUGUAUUUCUGGAUGCACCAAUUUAUUUAUAUCCAUUUCAUUUAGCCACGUACAUGUACUUGAUUUGAUAACCCGCUUUCUGUCAAAAACACCAAAUAGAAUACACAGCUAAAUGUAAUAUGUUUUACAGUAUACAGAAGUGUGAUAUAGAUUUAUAGUUAAUGUGUAAUUAGUAUCGCAGUUUAUAUCAAUUUAGAAGUGACCAACACAAUUUUUAUCAAACAUAGAUAUUUGUGAUAUUAUUUGUAUUAAUGUGUGAUAACCAUUGUUUUCUCCACAAUUAAUAUUGAAUAUGUAUCUGAUUUUUUUUGCUAAUGUUAGGGACCUUAUGUUUUUAGUUUUAGACAUUUUUUUAACAGCAUUGUUGAAAUGUGUGCCAUUUUUCAUGUCCACUCUCACUUCGAAAGAUUGUAACGUUUUAAAUAUUUCUUAUUUUCCCUUCCUGUACUAUAGUAUAUUUUUUUAAGAACUUGAGAUCUAAAACAUUUGACAAAUAUUGAUAAUCUAGAACUUUUUAAUUUGCUGUGUAUAUUGACUAAAAAUUAAUUGUCGCUGAUGAGAUGUAAAUAUCGCACAAAAUGUGUACAACAGAAAAAAAAUACAUUUUUUGAUUCAAUUCCUACAAUAAAUUGUAAAUGAGGUCAUUUUGAAAAGAUGUUUUAAUUCAACUAUAAUUCUGUCAAACUUGUGAACAAUAAUUCUUUUGGGGGUUUUGUUGAAAUAUUAGUACUUUAUGAGCCGUCAUAUUUUUCUGGAAGGGGUGGGUGGGGUUAAAAGAAAUCUCAUUUUCCUCUACACCUGUUGAAUUCUAUGUACAGUUGAUAAGCUUUUGCUCCAUGUGUGUAUCAUUACAUUAACAGAAGCUGGUGAUUUUAACAAGAUGUUGAUUAGAUAGACAUUUUAAAAUGCAAUUCAUUUAACUUUGCAUUUCAUUUUCCUUUUGUGUUGCAUUAUGUAAUAUGUUGAAACUGCUUUCUGUAUAUUACGUUGAUGUUUGAAAACAAUAGAUAAAUUUGCUCUAUAAAAGUUUCA